AUGGCGCAAGACGAACCCCCACGGCACGCUGAGCCGGCCGACGACCUCGCCAAGGGCGUCGUCGCAACGGCCAAGCAGUCGUGGCGCGACCUCUUCGUCUGGAAGCAGCGCGUCGUCAUCACCAACGGCUACGGCGAAACCCGCUGCGAGUGGCACGAGCCCGACCGCUUCCAGAACCCCAUCAGCCUCUUCGCCCAGCUGUCCGCCCGCGACUGGCUCUUCUUCGUCGUCGGCUGGCUCGCCUGGACCGCCGACGCCUUCGACUUCCACGCGCUGUCCAUCCAGACGGUCAAGCUGUCCAAGUACUACGGCCGCUCCAAGACGGACAUCACCACCGCCAUCACCCUGACGCUGCUGCUGCGCUCCGUCGGCGCCGCCGUCUUCGGGCUCGCCGGCGACAAGUGGGGGCGCAAGUGGCCCAUGGUCUUCAACAUGCUGGUGCUGGGCGCGCUGCAGAUUGCCACCAUCUACAGCAAGAAAUUCACCACGUUCCUGGCGGUGCGCAGCAUGUUUGGCCUCUUCAUGGGCGGCGUGUACGGCAAUGCGAUUGCCAUGGCUCUGGAGCAGUGUCCACCCAACGCGCGUGGCUUAAUGUCCGGCAUCCUGCAGCAGGGCUACUCUAUGGGCUAUGUCUUGGCUGCGUGCGCCAACCUUGGCGUUGGGGGCGCAACUGGCUCCUGGAAGACGGUCUUUUGGAUCGGAGCCGGGUUGUCUAUUGGCGUCGGCCUCCUCCGCAUCCCCUUUCCCGAGUCCCAGCAGUUCCUAGAGGCCAAGAAGGCCGGUAAGAAGGCGUCUUCUCCUGGGGCCUUUUGGCGCGAGACUCGCACCAUGCUAGCCAAGGAGUGGAAGAUGUGCAUCUACUGCGUCAUCCUCAUGACCUGGUUCAACUACUACUCGCACACCUCGCAGGACUCGUACACCACCUUCAUGCUGGAGCAGAAGAUGCUCGACAACGCCGGCGCCUCGCGGGCCUCGAUCCUGAUGAAGGCUGGCGCUGUCGUCGGAGGCACCAUCAUCGGCUACCUCAGCCAGUUCGCCGGCCGUCGCCGCACCAUGAUGGUCGCCGCCCUCAUGUCCGGCCUCUUGAUCCCCGCCUGGAUCCUGCCCGAGGGCGAGCGCGCCCUGAGUGCCACGGGCUUCUUCAUGCAGUUCUUCGUCCAGGGCGCCUGGGGCGUCAUCCCCAUCCACCUCAACGAGCUGUCGCCCCCGGCCUUCCGCUCGUCCUUCCCCGGCGUCACGUACCAGGUCGGCAACAUGAUCUCGUCGCCUUCGGCCCAGAUCGUCAACGCCAUCGCUGAGAAGAUGUUUGUCACGGUCAAGGGCGGCAAGAAGGCCGAAGCUUACGGCCCGACCAUGGGCAUCGCCACGGCCAUCAUUGCGACGGGCAUCUUUGUCACCGUCAUGUUUGGACCCGAGCGACGCGGCCGCAACUUUGAUGGCAUCGUCGCUGGUGUUGCGCCGAGCGACUCGGACGGCAAGAUUGUCGACGAGCCGAUGGACGAGGAGAAGGCUGGUGUCGAGCUAGAAAAGAGGUAGAUGGUGUCUGCUGUGUUCCUUUUCCUUUUGUAUAUACAGGGAUGAUCUCAUGAGGUGCUGUAUCCGAUGAUUCAAGGGGGCUGAGUGUAUCAGCUGAACGACCAUGCUCGAGCAAUGACUG